AUGGGUCUCAACCCUCCCAUUCGUGUCUUACCUCCCGUUAUGGGCGGCGCGUUGGCCAAGCCAAAGGAGCGAGACGCCAAGGGGAAGGUUGUUCUUAUAACGGGGUGCUCCAAUGGAGGAAUCGGCUACGCCAUCGCAGAGGAGUUUCAUCGGCGCGGCGCGAACGUGUUCGCCACGUCACGCCGAGUCGACACGAUGAAGGGACUGAAGGAAAAAGGGGUGCACACGCUGCCGCUCGACGUCACAUCUGAACCGUCCAUCCAGGCGGCAGUGAAGGAGGUGGCACGAACAGCAGGACGUGUGGACGUGCUGGUCAACAAUGCGGGGUGUGGGCUGCCGGGGCCACUGGCGGAAUUACCCAUGGCGAGGGUCAAAGAGGUGUAUGACACGAAUGUCCUUGGAGCAUUGGCGUUGUCUCAGGCCGUGUUUCCCUACAUGCACAAGCAGAAGAGCGGGCGAAUUAUCAACGUUUCCAGUGUUGCUAGCUACACUUACAGGUGA